AUGUCAACAGGCCCGGCCUCCGAUGCGGUGUCCGGCACCCAAAGCAAGACGGGCGAUGCCGCCCAGACAACCUUUGCCAUGUCACUGGUCAUGAUCGCGUUCCUGGCCAUUGCUUUGUUCAACGCGGCAGAACUCGCCGUCCUGGUUCUGAUCACGUUCAAACGGUACAGCGGGCUCUAUUUCUGGAGCGUCCUGGUGGCAGCCGGUGGAAUCCCCAUAUACUGUCUUGGCUUCACGCUCAAGUUCUUCGUGACAGACGUCCCGAACAUGAACUACAUCGGGCUGGCCUUUGUCAUUGUGGGGUGGGUCCCUAUGGUCACAGGGCAGUCGCUGGCGCUGUACUCGCGGCUCAACCUGGUGGUGCACGACCAUCGGAAGCUACGCUGGGUGCUUUGGAUGAUCAUCGUCAACGGCUGCGUCUUCCACGGGGCGACGACGGGGCUGGCAUUCUCGGCCGAGGGCUCGACGCGAAUGGCCAACAUCUACUCGGCGUACGAGAAGGCGGAGCUGACUGCGUUCGCGGUGCAGGAGUGCAUCAUCUCGGGGCUGUACAUCUACGAGACGUGGAAGAUCCUGCGGCCGACGACGGCGGCGCAGGGCAAACGCAUCACGGCGGUGCGGCGCAACCUCAUCUGCGUCAACAUCAUCGUCAUCCUGCUCGACGUGGCGCUCAUCGGCAUCGAGCUGGCCAACCAGUACAAGCUGCAGACGACGCUCAAGGCGUUUGUGUACAGCGUCAAGCUGGGGCUUGAGUUCAGCGUGCUCAACACGCUACUACGUGCCAUCCAGGGCCAUUCCUCCUCCUCGUACGACAACGAAAACACGGGUUCCGCCAACGCAGGCUUCCGCUCCGGCGCCCCCGGCACCUCGCACGGCGGAGUCGAUACGUUUCGCGGCACGACCAAGACACGGGUCGGCCACUCGGAGCACGCGACCACCAUCUCGAACGUCGGCAAGAGUGACGGGCGCACUGGGGCGUGGGAGAUGAACGACAUGCACAACAUCAUGAAGACGACCGAGGUCUACGUCGACUCCAGCGCCGGCUGCGCGGCCGACGAGGACGCGGAGUCGGGAAGCUCCAAGGACGGCCGCCGCGCCGGGUCGAAGACGUCGUCGGAGAUACAGUUGACGGGCAACAACCCGUACUAUCCGGGGGGAGGGGAUUGA